GGGGAGACCAGCAAGAGAAAUGUACUUAUGAGGCUCUUCGAAAGUCUGCAUCUCACCCCCAAGCAGGUCUACGUCAAACUGAUACCCCAGUGCAAGAAGUAAAACUAGAUGGCACAAAUAGGAUGAACUGUGAAUAUUCACCUCCACAGGCUAAGGAAGCAUUAAAAGGAAUGGGUGUUAUUGUUGGAUAUAUUCAAAAAAGUGAGGAAAGACAAAACUUACCCAGUAUAGAACAAAGCCGGCAGCACUUGUUGACUCCGUCUGAGAAUCUUGUGGAGCAUACGUCUUACCUUCAAAAUGAUCCCUGGCUGCUGCCACAUUUAACACCUCUGACAAAGGAAGCAUUAUCGGAAGUAGGUAGUAUGUCAAGCAGGACAAAAGGAUUAGACUUGAUUUCUAAAGAUCAACUAAAUACCGGAUGUGAUUGUGGCCUGGAAUGGACUGUACCCUCGAUUCCUCCAAGGCAAACAACAAAACAAAAUACAAGGCCGCCUUUAGAAUCAUUCACUAAAACUGUAAAAUAUCAGAAUGUCUCAUUGCUGAAAGGAGAGAAAUCACUGGAUGGGGCGCAGGUAAUUGAUUCAAUAUCAAAUGUUAGCUCCCCCAAGCUAAGAGUUAGAAAGAAUGUGCAAUUACAUAAAGCGUAUCAAAAAAAGGUGCAAAAAGAGGUAUGUUUACCUGGAUUAUUUUCACAUUCUCUUUCUAUCCAUAUGCCUCUUUUGCCUGAAAAUAAAAGACAGAAGAAUGACUUAAAGCGAGGAGUUAAGAAAGGCAUAAUACACCCCCAAAGAACUUUGGAGAAAUUGUUAUUUUCAAAUAUAUUUAAUACCACUGACGGUGGUAGCCCAGGCAAUAGAAUAGAACUGCAGUGGAGCAUAAAAGAGAAAAUGGUAAAUAUAAAACAUAGAAAGGUCAAACCCGAUUUGAUUUUGACAACUAUAUAUGACUUCAUCCCUUCUUUACCUUACCUCAAAUUGAAUAAAAAGACAAUUGAUGAGAUUAUCUCAAAUAAUGUAAAAAGAAUAAAACAACCUGUAUCACAGAAAAAGGAGAAGGAAAGAAGAAAAGUCAAUAUGAAAGGAAUAAUGGAUCCCAACAUUAUCUUGAAAGCAAAGAAAUCAUCACUGUCACGUAUACUCAAUGAAAAGGAAUUGCCAGGGCUGUUGAACAUUAUAAAACAAGAGAGCAAUGUGCAGAUAGGUAAAGGUAAAUCAGGUGUGAAACUGACAAACCUGUUUACUUCCUUACCAUCUCUAUCACAUCCUAAUUUGAAUUCAAGAACAAAAGGAGGAAGAGAUAAAUCAGGAACACCAUGGAACUGCCUUCCACCACUAAACCUCCAGGCAUCAUCAAAUAUCAGGAAAACAUCAUUUGCAGAGUCAAUUAGUAGAGACAGUUUAAGCAACAUGAUAGAAUCAAAACAACGUUUGCCCCAGAAAAAGAAGGAAGAUGAAGACAAUAUAGUAUACAUGAAAGAUAUAAGGGGCUGCAAAUGUGCCCCUUUUAAAAGAAAGAAAAAACUUUUUACACAUACACUGCAUGGAAACGAACCACAGUGGAACAAUAAAGAACAAGAGAAAAUGAUGCAGGAAGAUAAGAGUGAUCUAGCUGUAGUUCAGAAUAAUCCCUGUGUUUCCAUUCUGUCUUCACCUCACAUGGAAUGGGGUCCUGCAGUGAAAGAAGAGGCAUACAUGCGAGGAGUGUCAGGGUUCUGCCUUCCACCAUUGACCCUCCAGGGGUUGUCAGAUGCAGUGAUAAUAUGUGGGGAGCCAACUGAUGAUAUUUUAAGCAGCAUAGAAAGAUCAAAAUAUAUGUCACAGGAGAAUGAAGAUAAAGUGGAAAUGGCUUUGGAAGACAUAAGGAAUCCCAAAAGAAUAGCUUUGGAGGUGAACCAGUCUCCAAUUGCACGGGAAUUACAGUUGAACAUCAAAAAAAAAGAGGAAAAGAUGCAGGAACAUAAAGAUGAACGAGUUGGGAUUCAGAGAAAAUCUUGUGUUUCCAUCUCUUCUCUGCCUUACUGUGAAGUGGACACAAGAAGGAAAGGAGAAGCAAUCAUGCUAAGAAAAACAAGAUCCUCUUUUCUACAACCCAAACUCCAGGAUUCAUCAGAUACAGGAAACAUAGCACAUAAAAAGUCUGUUUAUGGUGAUAACUCAAACAAUGUAAAAAAAGCCAAAGAACAUAUAAUGCAGGAAGAAGAAGGAAGAGUAAAAAUGGCAAAAGUCCUACCUUUGGAGGAAAAGAAAUCACCAAGUUCACAGGAAAUCCAGUUGGACAUCAAAGAACAAAAGAAAAAGAUACAAAGAAUUCAGGGUGAACCAAGUGUGAUUUUGACAUGUACUUCCAUACCUGCUACUUCUUUUAAAUUGGAUACAAGAAUAAAAGAGGAAGACUACAGAGCUGAAGUAACAAGGUACUCUCUUCCAGAACCAUCACACCAGAAAUCAUCAGAUAUAGUGAAAAAAGAAAAAAAAGAGUUCAUCAAGGGUGAUAUCACAAGUGAUGUACAAGCAGCAAACGAAUAUAUGCCCCAGAAAGGAGAGGAUAGAGGAAAAGUAGUAAAUAUGAAAUAUAUAAUGUACUCCAAAGAGACAACUUCCAAGGCAAAGGUAUUACCACUUCCACAUGUACCCAAUACCCCUGGCAGGUGUAGCCCCCAAAUUAGAGAAGUACAGACAAACAGAAGAGAAGACUUGGGACAUGUACAGGAAAGAAGAAGUGAACUACAUGAGGUUCUGACAGAACCUUGUCUACCUCAAUUUACAUUAAGCAAAGUUACAGAAGGCAAGAAAGAGAAGCAAAGAGUAAUAAAACCCGGUAUUCCAUUCUCAUGGCACAGGGAAUCAUCAAAUGCAGAGAAAUUAAAAUACACACUGUCACCUGUGAAUGAUAUCUCAAGUGAUUUGAAAAUAACAAAAUACAUGACACAGAAAGAAGAGGGUAAAGCAAAUAUUUUUGUGAGAAACCUAAUGCAUCCCAAGUGCUUAGGUUUGAAGGCAAAGAAAUCACCCCUUUUCCAUAUACUCAAAGCAAAGGAACUGCAAGUGAACAUCAAAGAGCAAGUGAAAAGGGGGCAGGAAGGUAGAAGGGACACAGUCGUGCUUCUGAGCAAAAUUUGUCCUUUUGUCACUUCUUCAGUUCAUCUUAAAUUUGACACAACAACAGAAGAAGAAGGUGGUCCAGGAAUCAUAAGGAAUUAUGUGCCACCCCCUGAGCUCCAAGAUUCAUUGCCUUCAGUGCAGAUAGCACCUCCAAAGUCAACUGAUAGCCACAGAAAGAAAGGAAAACAACAUCCACCACCGAAAGAAAAGGACAGAGUACAAACAGCAGCCAUGAGCGGCUCAGUGUGCGCCAGUGGUACAGAUUUCAAGGCAAAGACAUCAUCCCCUCCUCAUGUGUUCAGUGUUGCUGAGCACAGUGCUCUGAGUAGGAGAAAGGAGCCAUGGCUGAGCAUUGAGGAGAGAGUAGAACAGGGGCAGGGAAGAACAGAAGACCAUGAUGUGGCUCCAACAAAAACUCCUCCUUCCUCGCCUUCUCCAUCUCACCAUAGAUUGGAUGCAGGAACCAAAGGAGACGAAGACUUGCCUGCAGUUGCAGGAUUCUCUCCUUCACCAUUUCAGCUCCCUGAGUCAUCAGGUGCAGGGAAAAUCAGAUAUGCAGAUUCCAGUCAAGGUAUUAGCUCAUGUAAUGGAAUAAUAAAAACUAAUGGACAUAUGCCAUAUAGAGAGACAAAGUUCAGAGUAAAAACAAAAGACAAGAAAGAUAGAAUAUACCCCAAAAUAAUAACUUUGGAAGCCCAUACAUCCCCACUUACACAUCUACUCAGUAGAAACAGACUACCUUUGAAUGUCAAAGGGCAAGGGAAGGAAGUGCAGGACAGCAAAGGUGAGCCAGAAAUGGUUCUGAGGGAAACUCGUGCCUCCUUACUUUCUCCAUCUUACCUGAAAUGGGACACUAGCAGGAAUGAAAAGGAACACACAGAAAGAAUAAUACAAUCCUGUUUUUCACCACUGAAGAUUUAUGAUCCAUUCAAUCCAAGCAAAAAAGCAGAUGCUAAGUCAUUUGACGGUUAUUUGUUAAAAGACAAAGAUAGACUCAAAACAGUUAUUGAAGACAAAGUGCUCCUGAUAUCUAUGCAUCAGAACGCAAAGGAAUUACCACUUUCAUAUAUACGUGAUACCAAAGAAUUGAAGUGGAAAAUUAAAGAGCAAAAGAGAAAGGUACAGAGAGAGGACAGUGAACUAGUCACAAAACUGAAAAACAUUUAUAUUUCUUUACUCGCUCUACCAUAUCUUAAAUCUGAUACAACAGGAGGAGAGGGGUACAUGAUAAGAAUUACAAAAUUGCCUCUCCCACAAGCACAGUCCAAGGAAUCAUCAGAAUAUGCUGAGACCGAUGAGGGACAACUUUCAAAAUACAUAAAAAAAUUAAAAGAACACAUGCUACACAAAGAAGAGAAGGAGAGAGAGAAAUAUAUGGAUAUGGAUAGUAGAGUGGACCACAAUAAUAUGGAUUUGGAAGCAAAGAAAUCACCUAUUUUACUUACAUACAAUCUAAGUGACCUUCAGUGGAAAACUAAAGGGCAAGAAGGGAAGGUUCAGGAAGAUAAACGAGAGCCGGGUGAUGCAACACUGACUGAGACUUGCACUUCUAAAUCUUCUCUUCACCUUGACAAAAACACCAGCAUCAGAGAAAAGGGCAUGCCAAUGUUAUCAAGACCCUCUUUUCCCCCAGUAAACUUCCAGGAAUCAUCAGGUUCUGAGGAAGUGGUACAUGCAGAGCCAAUGGCUAGUGAUACUGUCAUCAGUCCCCCAAAAGAAAAACAACAUUUGCCCCAGAACAGGGAAGAGGAUGGCGUAGAAAGAGGAAACCUCAUGUUCCCCAAACAUCAUGAAAAGGAGAUGCAGGAAAGUAAAGAUGGACCAGGUAUGGUUCUGACCAAAUCUUCUACUUCAUCACCAUCUCUCCCUGCCCUCAAAUUGGAUAAAGUACAAGUCAAUAAUGAAAUGCUAGCACUUAAAAGGUCUGUUUUCCUGAGAAUAUCGUACGCAGGGGAAAUAGUACAUACAGAUUCAAUCAGUGCUGAUACCACAAAAGUUGGUCAAAACCUGAAGAAAUGUUCUACUUCAUCACCAUCUCUCCCUGCCCUCAAAAUAGAUAAAGAAAUACAAGUCGACAAUGAAAUGCUAGCACUUAAAAGGUCUGUUUUGCUCAGAAUAUCAAAUGCAGGGCAAAUAGUACAUACAUAUUCAAUUAGUGGUGAUACCACGAAAGAUGUUCAAAACGAGGAACAACCUAUGCCUGAGAAAGAAGAGAGGGAAAGAGAAAAAAUGGUAGAUAGGAGAGGUGCGAUGCACACCAAAGAUAUAACUUUGAAGUCCAAGAAGUCACCUUCAUAUUUGCUCCACAGAACAGAAUUACAUCUGAACACUGGGGGGAUAGAGCAAAAGAAACAGGAAAGUCAAGGUAAACCACCCAGUACGGUGGUAAGAAACAUUUAUGUCUCCAAACCUCCAAGUAAGCUGGAAUUGGAUAAAGGUACACAAGUAGAUGAAGGAAGGCUUGGAAUUAAAAAACCCUCUCUACUUCUACGAAUGCUUUCAGCAUUAUCAGAUGCAAAGAAGAGACCAGAUACGAAGGGAAUUGGUAGUGAUGUAAUUAAAAGAAAACAACAUAUGUCAGAGAAAGAAAAAAAGUAUGAUGUGAAAAAAGUAGAUAUGAGGCUCAGGACACAUCACAAAGAGGCAACGAUUUCACCAAUACCACAUGUCCUUAGUACAAAGGAAUUUAUGUUGAAUAUUAUUAAAGGGCCAGGGGAAAAAGUGCACAAAGGUAAAGAUGAACCAUGUAUGGUUCUGACAAGAACUUUUCUUUCCAUCCCAUCAGCACCUCUUUAUUUAGAGUCAGGGAGCAAAAUAGACAAAGAUGCACCAGGAAUCAUGGGAUCCUCUCGUCCACAGCAGAAUCUCCAGGAAUCAUCAGAUACCCAGAAAACAGCAAUUAGAGAGUCAGCUGCUGGUGAGAGUGAAAUUGUUAAAAAUGCAGAACACUCGGUGCCAGAAGAGGCCAUGCAACAGUGGACCUCAAACUUCAUGAUCAGUGUACAGCAAAGGAAAGAGCCUCCACGAGUCAAAUCUGAAGGAUUUGAUGAUUGGAAGUCACCACCUUUGGCAGGGGGUCCAGAUGCAACAUACAUGACAAUACAUCCCAAAUUGCAGCCAAAACCUAUUUUAGAAAAUUUUACUUGCAAAGAAAAAAUCAAGCCCACUAAUCAUUUAGAGUCAAAAGCACCUGAAAUAAAACUGAAUUUGAUACCAGAGGUGGUAAAACAAUCCUUCCAAAAGUUCAACUUUUAUCAAAAACUGGCUAUUUCAAAACAUAACAGUUGGAAGCUCUAUCCAAGACAUAAAAAAAUGUUCUUUUUGUCUCUGGGAGGGAUUGAUACCAUAGAAUUUAACCUAAAGUACAAAUACCAAAAAGACUCACCUCCUGUCAGCUGUAUGAAGUCACUGAUUGUUAAUGUUUCAAGGGGCAAUGAAAAGAUCAUUACAAAGUUAAAGAGUAUAAAUGAGCUAGAUAGUGGAACAUCUCCUUUGACUUCUGCUAGAGAGAUGACAUUGCCUCAUAUUCUCCAAAACUAUUCAGUAGGAGAAAAAAACAAACUUCUCAUACACUUUUCUAUGAAAACACUGGAGAUUCAAAUGAAAGCCUUUCCCAGAAUUGUAAGAGAAUCUUACACAAUGGCCAGGGCUCAGGAUGGAAGGAAGCCUUUAUCUAAAUGUAUUCAUUCUGGUGUCAAAGUACCAAAACGAAAAAACAGAGUUUUGUUACUUUUUGAGGAAAAAUCUCUUCAUCAAAUAGAUCUUGAUUUACAAUACAAAUACCAUCGUUUUCUCCUGGGCUCUCCAGUCAAAAGUAUGUUCCCUAAGCCAAAUGCACUUCCCAAACAUAUUCUUAAAUUACAGACAGUUGCAAUACGUAAAAAAGUAGAUAAUAGUGGAGAAAGUGGUGGUCUUUCCAUUGGUACAAGACCGUUAGAAGAACAUAUCUCUUUCAAAAAGCAAAGUUUCCAUGAAAACUCAUCAUUAGUCAGAAAUUUCUUGGAGCCCACUCAGGUGUGUGCCUCUGACCCUGAUCAACACAACACAGUGCAGAAAGAUACCGUGGCUCUUUCAAAGUUAAAAUCUCAUGUGACUCCAGAAAAUGAUAAACGAUGUCAUGUAUGGUUUCAAGAAACAAAUACAUGUGAAUCUGUUGAUUUAAAGACUCAGGAAAAGACUCGGGAUUUAGUUGAUUCCCAUUCAAUUCAGAAUUUUGAAGAUUUUACUGAUAGUCAGACAAAUAUUGAGAGUUCAGAUAACUUGGAGGAAUGCUCAGCUCUUGAUGUACACGAGAGUGAAGAAUGUAUAUUUGCAGAUGCCAACCCUUAUUUAAGUUGGAAGUCACAGAAUAUUCUGUUUGAAUUACAGAAAGACAUGCCUGUGGAAAAUCUCUACAAGAAGAAAAAAAUCAAAACUGAUUUGAAACCACUUUACAGUGAAGAUUCAGGUUCCCAUCAUAUUAGAGGCUGUCAAAAACAUUCCUCAUUUGUGACACCACCUUCUUACGAAUCCCACAAAAGCAGGAAACAUAGGUCAUCUUCCAAAAUGCGACCUCCUGACUUGUGGUGUCACAGUUCCUUAAAUACUGUAGAGGUUUUGUCUGUAUCAUCUUCCGUUCCGUUCAGCGAAGAGAAGCUUUCACAGACUUCAAGGAGUGGAAAAUGUUAUUCUUUAGUCCCCUUAAUGGAAUCAGAUAUUGAAUUACAUCUUGCAAAAAGCCAAGGCAAACCUCACAGGCAUUUGGAAAGCAAAGAACGAAAGAAGACCAAAUUGUAUUUAUCUAGAAAGAACAACACUUCUUGGGAAUGUGAUGACAGUUAUACACAGCGUAAAGAGAAACGCACAAGAAAGGAGAAAGUACGGGAUUAUGAGUCAGAAAGGUCAGAUUAUUUCCCAAGCAAACGUAAGUCAGCAUCAAAACCUCCUCAAGAGGAUAUCAGCUUCCAUUCUGAAAGAGAACAAAACCAGCCAUUUUUUUAUGCCUGUAUACCAUCAGACUCGCCGGAGAUUAUACCCCAAACCGUUCGCUGGACUAUUCCCCGCAACACUUUAAGGAAGAAGAACUUCAGAAGUCCCCUGGUGGCCAAGAUUUCAAGUUCUUGCAACAUAUGGAGUUCAUCCAGAAAGCUGCUGGGGUCGCUGUUAGGGUCCUUCAGCCUCGUUCAUCAAAAAUGAUGUUACCAUAUCAAGAUUCAUCUCGAGGGGAAAGCUGGUUGCUCUUGUGAUAUUCUUUGAAAAAUAAAAUCAUAUAAAGUCAAAUGGUUUCCUCAUGAAGUGUUUUCUAAACUGAUACCUUUUAUUUCUACAGUAGAUUUGCACAGUUCUGGGAGGGAUGGAUGGGAAAGCAGAUGAUUUCCGGUUUGGUCCAGCCAUGCGUGAGAUCUCCCCUCAGUUUGUGCUACCUCCUUAUAAUCCCCAAAGGAGAAGCCCACAGAUGCCGAAGCCCCCUUCCCACCCUCCCCACGCACUCCCCCAUGACUGAAGGGUGAGUCGGAGGAAUUGUAGCCCAUACAUGAGAUUGAGAGUACCCUAAAAGGUAGGAGGACAUAGAUACUGAAGGGAGACAGUUUCAAGUAGCAGCGAGGGUUCAACAUUGUCAAAUGUCACAAGAUACAGGGAUAAGUACUGGUUUUGAGAACCCAGGUUCCUCUGACGGCUUUGUCCUUGUCCCCAACCACAAGUGGAACCCACAGCAGCUUUGUGACCCAUACCUGCUCACCACCUGCCAUGGCUAGGGCAUCAACGCGCUUGGGGACCUCGGCACAGAGCACCUGCCACUGCAUCCUCUGGGGGUGGUGGUGGCAGGGAGCCGCCCCACAGCACUGCCAGGUGAAGGGAGACACCUCUCAGUGCAUCUGAACUACCUGCCCUCCUAUUACCACCUGCCCUGGGUUGUGAGGGCCCUGGUCGGGGAUGGAGCAGGUCCACCUGUAGACAGAGAUGACUGAGAGAUGGAGUGUGAUCCGGGGCACUGCCAGCAGUGCACCCUCACCUUUGCCCUCAGGGCUGCUGACUCCAACCCCUGCCCCCAGGCUCUUGCAGGAGGCCCAGAAAAGCUGAGUUGACCCAGGGGCUGCCAGGAGAAGAACCCAGAUGUGUGAGAUUGGGGAUGGGGUGGUGGGAUUUUUAGCGCCAAGUGAAUUUUUUUGAAUGUAUUUUGUACUGGCUUAUUUCUUGUAUGUAAAUAAAAUAUUGGUCUCAUUUGGGAAAAAACCAUUUUUUUGCCUCAUAAAAAUUCCAUAAUGUUAAUCAUUUUAUUAUUAUAUUUUUCAUAUCACCAUUAUAUUCAUGCUAGGAUAACAAUGCUUCCUCUAUUAUAAAUGCUAC